GAUAGCUGUGAUUGCUGCGAGGAGGAAGACGAGUGCGGUACCUUUUCAACCACUUAAAUAAUAUUGCUCGUUUUGGCUUUUGGGAGUCAUGUAAGGAACUCUGUAAUGUCCACAGAACAGGAUAAAGAUACCUUCUCUCUAAAAAGAAACAGAGGUGGUGAUGGUGGGCUUGAUGGUUUAGGAGGGCCCUUGCUUCUUGGGAGUCCAGAUAAGAAAAAACGCAAGUCAAGCACACAGGCACUCCCAUUUGCCCCUCUCUCAGAGUAUGCACCACCGCCAAACCCAAGUGCUGAUCACUUAGUUGCAUCUAACCCUUUUGAUGAUGGCUUUUGUGUGCCAACAUAUAAGCCACUGUUGGCUACAAACCCAUAUUUUGGCCCAUCAAAUUACCCAGGAUUCUGUGGCUAUAGCCCACACCGAAUGGCCCCACAUAUCCAAAACAGAAUGCCUGCACCCUACGGGGGAGCAUAUCCUGUGCGAAACCAGCUUCAUCCAUUUGCCCAGAAUCAGAUGGGUAUGACUUUCAAUAGACCCCCAGGGUUUAAUUAUGGGCACCCAGAGAAUCCUAACUAUGGAAACCAGUCCAUGUUUAGUAACAACAGCAACAUGCCACUUCCGUUCAGACCAGGCCCAGGAGAGAACUUUAAUCAGAUGCCGAUUCAUAAUGUCAACCAAAGUGCACCUCCAGACACAGGCCACAGUUUUGUUUCUGAGGGUAAUAACAGUGGAAAUCCAACAGGGAAGGCCUGCACAGAUAUUAGCCCUAGUUUUACGCAGCAGCAGCAGCAGCAACAACAACAACAACACAGCAACUUUUUACAGUCCACCCCACCAAUGUCCAGACAAGAUGCAAGUGAUUCCUCAGGCAAAAGCACGUCCCAGACAACUUCACCACACAAGCCAGGCCAGAACACUGAGGAGAAUGUGUGUAUGGACAAGACCUCUGACCUAAAGUCCAAAACCAGGGGUGCACCCAUCAGUCAAGAUGGGGUGCACCCUAACUCUUCAGAAAAGAUCAAUGGUAUCAUCCACCCUACUAAUGAUGCCCUGAAAAAGUCUCCACCUUCUUGUAUUAUCUUGGACACAAGCUCUUUGGAGGAGAGGCGUAAGAGGAACAGUGUUGGUGUUGGCAUGACUGGUGCAAACAAACUUGGAGCGCAUCCUAGUCGACAGAGCCUUUCAUCUGUCGAGCCUGUGUACCCAUGUGGCAUCUGCUUAAAUGAAGUGAACGAUGACCAGGACGCCAUCCUGUGUGAUGCCUCAUGUCAGAAAUGGUUUCACAGGGUUUGUACGGGCAUGACUGAGACAGCCUACAACCUGCUAGCUGCUGAGGCGGCAGCAGUCUGGGGCUGUGACACCUGUAUGGAGGAGAAGGGAGCACAGCUUGUCAGAUCGAGGGAGACCACAGGACCACCCACAGUCAGCAGUGAGGGUUAGCGCAACAUAUCUGUAUUGCAUAACUGUGUUCCCUGGAUAUUCAUUCUAUACCUUUAAAGCAGCGGGUGGUUUUGAACAUGCAAUGCUCAGAAUUAUGGACAGUUUCCCUUGUUUAUAGUUGUUUGAAACUAUUUCAGUCAAAACUCAAUAGUAAACAAUUUUCUGUAGUCUCGUGACUUUCAUGACCCAUGAAUUUAUCCGUGAUUUAUUUUGUUUGAGUGUCAUUGCUGGGAAGAUAUAUAUUUCAGCAGACAAAGGGUAGACAUUUCAAAGAGAGACAGUUUUUACUUUGUGAGGACAUGUUACUAGAUGCCUUGAGAUAUGAUCGAACAAGCAAUUACACCACAGCACUUUUCCUGUCAAAGGUGGCCUAUGAUGUAUGUUACAGUAGAUUCACUUUACUGUCCUGAGCCUCUCUCAAAAAUGUCAAGUAAUCUGUGUUCAUAUGGUGCUGUUAUGGCUGAUAUUAGAUGCAGCUGAAGUUCUCCAAAGCCUUAUAUGAAAAUGACCAGUAUCAUUUGAACAAACUGAAAUAAAGCAUAGUCAUAUUUUCCCAUCAGCUUUGGCACUGAAUGUAGCAAUGAUUUUUUUCUGGAAUGUAGCAUUAGUGUCCAGAGAAAUCAUUUGUGUGAAUGUACGAACAUAAAGUUAAUAUAUGUUAGCAUGGAACAUUCUUGUAUAGGCUAUAUCUAGACAUUUUCAGUUAUAUCUAAUAGUGCAUUACAUGCACAUGCUAUGCUUUUCCAUAUUGUUUUUUUCUUUAAGAUUUUCCUUUGGCAGUAAGCUCUUCAUUCAAUAUUUUCUUUAGAGUUCAUGGAGUAUUUUAAAUAUCAAUGGUGAUCCGAUAAUAUUUUUUGUGAGUACACCGAUAUUUUCCGUCUUUUUCAGUUUAAAGAUAGAAUGAUAUAAUAUAUAGCCUACACUUUUCUAUUUUUAUUGCUUUUCUGUGCUUGUUCACCCUACUAAUAUACUAUAGAGACCUUUUGUUUUAUAAUGAUGCACACUAUUCAAUAUUUUUUUGUCAAAGUGUAACAAAUCAUAGUUUGUGACCCUGAAUAUGGUUUCAGAACUUUCAUAAUGUUACCUUUAUAGGUUCUUUGUGUAUUAUUUUAAUAUGUAUUGUUAAACAUAGAAUUUGUGUCAUAUGUACUAUUUUUUAUGGUUCCAAAAUAAUUUUCAGAUUUUUGCAUUUGCUCAAAAAUGUGCCAUUUAAUCUUCCUCAACAAUGUGGCAUUGUGAAUGUAAUGUUUUGUAUCUGAGUGUGUGGUUCUCUGUUGAACAAAAUGCUGCAUUAUAAUGUAGUACUGGUCCUUCAGUUCAUUAGAAGUACAUUAAGUGGCAAUAUUAUUCCCUAAUACUCUGAAUGUUGAUAUUCAUCACAGCCAAAUAGCAAGUUUGGUCCACAUUAUACAAACAAUAUUUAUGUUGAAUAAUUCUGUUAAUUUAUUAGAUUUAAUUUCUGCUGUCAUCAGAUAAUGUGUGGUGUUGAUAAAAGAUUUCUGAAAUUCUA